AUGACCUCUGAGAGUACUGGAUCAAGGUCAGAAUCAGAUAUGACCUCUGAGAGGUCUGGGUCAGGGUCACAGUCAGAUAUGACCUCUGAGAGUACUGGGUCAGGGUCACAGUCAGAUAUGACCUCUGAGAGUACUGGAUCAGGGUCACAGUCAGAUAUGACCUCUGAGAGUACUGGAUCAGGGUCACAGUCAGAUAUGACCUCUGAGAGUACUGGGUCAGGGUCACAGUCAGAUAUGACCUCUGAGAGUACUGGGUCAGGGUCACAGUCAGAUAUGACCUCUGAGAGAACUGGGUCAGGGUCACAGUCAGAUAUGACCUCUGGGAGUACUGGAUCAGGGUCACAGUCAGAUAUGACCUCUGAGAGUACUGGGUCAGGGUCACAGUCAGAUAUGACCUCUGAGAGAACUGGGUCAGGGUCACAGUCAGAUAUGACCUCUGGGAGUACUGGAUCAGGGUCACAGUCAGAUAGGACCUCUGAGAGAACUGGGUCAGGGUCACAGUCAGAUAUGACCUCUGAGAGAACUGGAUCAGGGUCACAGUCAGAUAUGACCUCUGGGAGUACUGGAUCAGGGUCACAGUCAGAUAUGACCUCUGAGAGUACUGGGUCAAGGUCACAGUCAGAUAUGACCUCUGAGAGAACUGGAUCAGGGUCACAGUCAGAUAUGACCUCUGAGAGAACUGGGUCAGGUCACAGUCAGAUAUGA